AACUAAUGGAUAAAGACUUGUCGGUACUCCCCCACCUCAUCUCAUUUCACACAAUUGACGCCUCAAGAUUAAGCCAAGGCUCUCCACUGGAAUAUUGGCACUUCAUUCUCUACCGUGUGAAAUAUGGCUUUCUUAGCAACUGCUGAAGUUUGUGAUACAAAUACAGCUCUUUUGGGAAGUGGAGAUUUGCGUGUCCUGCCACCAAUAUUUCAGAUGUAUGGACAACGUCGAGCAUUCUCAGGCCCCAUUUCCACUGUUAAGGUUUUUGAGGACAACGUUUUGGUUAGAGAGCUUGUCGGAACCAGAGUCGAGGGAAGAGUUUUAGUUAUUGAUGGGGGAGGAAGCAUGAGAAGUGCUUUGCUAGGAGGGAUUUUGGCACAGUUGGCUCAAAACAUGGGAUGGGCAGGGAUUGUGAUAAAUGGCUGCAUUAGAGAUGUAGAUGAGAUCAAUGGAUGUGAUAUUGGGGUGAGAGCUUUGGCAUCUCAUCCCGUGAAGCCCGGCAAAAGAGGCCAUGGCAGUAAGCAUGUUCCGAUCAACAUUGCAGGAACCUUGAUCCGCGAAGGGGAAUGGUUGUAUGCUGAUAGUGAUGGCAUCCUUGUCUCCACAUCUGAAUUGUCUAUCUGAAUCAAUAUUAUAAGU